AUGACACGUUCACUUCCUAAUCCGCGCUUGCUAAUAUUCGAUCCUGAAAUUGAAAGAACAGCGCAGAAAACAUGGCAGCUAGGAGAGUUACCAUACAGGAGGAAGGAGCCCCUGAUUUUACAAUGCAACCGUUUCAGGCGCAUCAUCCAGCGGCGUGAUGGCACUGAUGAAACUGCAAUUCUGCUGAAAGAUUUUCCGUUUUCUCUUGAAGGAAAAGCAAGAGAGUGGUACUACACUCAACCUCUAGCAAAUGUAUCCAACUGGGAUACACUCGGAAAGGAGUUUCUGGAGAAAUUCUUUCCAUCUGAAGUUACUAAUAAACUGAGGAAGGAUAUCUCUACCAUUGUUCAGGAUGACAAUGAGACUCUUUUUGAAUACUGGGAGCGCUUCAAUAACCUUUUGGAAGCAUGCCCCCACCACAUGAUUGACAAGAUCGUGCUACUCAGCUAUAUCACACAGGGUAUAAGGCCCCAAGAUAAGACCAUAUUGGAAAGUGCCAGCAAUGGGUCUAUGAAGAAGUACAAGACCACUGAUGAAGCUUGGCAAUUGAUUAGUGAUUUAGAUGAAGCUUGGCAAUUGAUCAGUGAUUUAGCUGAAUCUACUAGGAAUCACAGACAGAAGCAAGGCCGUUCAAAAGCUGUUGCAGAAGUAUCCUCUAGUAGAGAGACUGUUGCUCUAACUCAAAGCAUCUGUGAAAUGACCAACUUGCUAAAGCAAAUGCAGUUGAAUCAACAAGCUCAGCAAGCUCAACCUCCUCAACUGCAGCAAAACCAACAGCUAGUCCCACAAAGAAUUUGUGGAAUCUAUGCUGAUUACAGCCAUUACACUGAUAAAUGCCCACAACUCCAACAAGAAGACAACACGGGCAAUUCAAACCAGAAUUGGAGGGGCAACAAUAACAGAGGAGACAGAGAUAAUCAGGGAAAUCAGAGGUGGAAUAAUAACAAUAACAGGCAACAAAAUCAACCUUACAGAGCACCUCACCUGAGGCAAAACCAAGGACCACCGAACAAUCAGCAGCAGACCUCUCAAUUUACUCAUUCUUCUGUAUCUUCUAAUGAAGAUUUAUUACAAGCUUUUGAGAAGAGACAACUGGCCAUGGAAAGUACCAUCGUGAACAAUGUUGAAGAGGAAGAGGAUAUUCAGGACAUAGCUGAAGAAGAGAUAUCUCAACCACAAGAGGAAGUACCAAAAAGCGCAAGCACCACAGGAACCACCAUUCCCAUUCCAUUUCCACAGCUUGCAAGGAAGCCCAGGAAGUAG